UGUGCUAUAGCUACUAUGAUAGAAUAUUUUCAUUGAAAAUUGUUCAAAAUAUUUUUGUCCAAAAUGUUUACAUGAAUAUAUUAACACAUAUUAUUACCUCUGAACAAUCAUUAUUACAGAAUGCAUAAAACUAAGAAACGGUCUUAUUCUUCGGAUUCUGGAAGUGCUGAAGAAAAUCGUUUAAAAGAUAUUAAAGAACGCGAUGAAUUUGCAAAUAGGCUGAAGAAGCGGGAUGAAGAAAAGGUAAAGAAGGUAAACAACUCUUCCAGCAAAAGAUCAUAUGAAGAAGCAGCAAAGAGGUUGAAACUUGAAGCCGAAGACAGAGAUAAAAUAUUACCAAAAUUGCGUAUCCAGUCGCGUCGCAAGUAUUUAGGUAAAAGAAAAGAAGAUAAGGUUAUUGAACUAGAGGCAGAUAUAGCUGACGAUGAAUAUUUAUUCGAUGAGAGCAUAUUAACAGAAAGAGAGAAGAGAGAACGGGAACAUAAAAAGACUAUACUACAGUUAGCUAAAGAACAUGAAAAGGCUAGAGAACUGGAAAAUGUACAGAGAUAUCAUAUGCCACGAGAUUUAGGAAAAGGGGAAAAAGGGGAAUAUGUAGAGGUAGAUGAAAAUGAAAAGUUGCCCCACUCAGAACAAAGAAAAUGGGAACAAGAACAAAUUAAAUCAGCUUUUUUCAAAUUUGGGGCAAAAGAUGCAAAAUCACAAGAUGAGUAUGAAUUACUACUGGAUGAGCAAAUUGAUUUUAUACAGGCUUUACAACUGGAAGGUAAUAAAGAUCAAAAAGAAGAAAAAGAGAAAUCUGAAUAUCAAAAAAUUCGAAUGACCAUAGAAGAAACCAAAAAAUCUUUACCUGUCUAUCCUUUUAGAGAAUCUUUAAUAGAAGCAAUAAAAAAAUAUCAAAUAUUAAUUGUAGAAGGCGAAACAGGUUCUGGUAAAACAACUCAAAUACCCCAAUAUCUUCAUGAAGCUGGUUUUACUAAAGAUGGAAAAAAAAUUGGUUGCACACAACCAAGGAGAGUGGCUGCUAUGUCAGUAGCAGCUAGAGUAGCCCAAGAAAUGAAUGUUAAACUUGGUAAUGAAGUUGGUUACAGUAUACGAUUUGAAGACUGUACAUCUGAUAGAACUGUUAUAAAAUAUAUGACAGAUGGAACAUUGCAUAGAGAAUUUUUAUCAGAGCCUGAUCUAGCAUCAUACAAUGUUAUGAUCAUAGAUGAAGCUCAUGAGCGUACCCUGCACACAGAUAUAUUAUUUGGCCUUGUAAAAGAUAUAACCAGGUUUAGACCAGAUUUAAAGCUGCUGAUUUCCAGUGCAACAUUAGAUGCAGAAAAAUUCUCAAAUUUUUUUGAUGAUGCACCUAUUUUUAGAAUACCUGGAAGAAGAUUUCCUGUAGAUAUUUACUAUACAAAAGCUCCUGAAGCAGAUUAUGUUGAUGCCAGUGUAGUAUCAGUUUUACAGAUACAUGCUACACAGCCUCUUGGUGAUAUACUUGUAUUUCUUACAGGUCAAGAAGAAAUAGAAACCUGUGUAGAAAUGUUACAAGAAAGAACAAAAAGAAUUGGUAAAAAAUUAAGAGAAUUAGUCAUAUUGCCAGUAUAUGCUAACUUGCCUAGUGAUAUGCAAGCUAAGAUAUUUGAACCAACACCAGAAGGGGCUCGUAAGGUUGUGUUAGCUACAAAUAUUGCGGAGACAUCAUUGACUAUUGAUAACAUUAUUUAUGUAAUUGAUCCAGGUUUUGCAAAGCAAAAUAAUUUUAAUUCAAAAACAGGCAUGGAGAGCCUAAUGGUAGUACCCAUUUCAAAAGCUUCAGCGAACCAAAGAGCUGGUAGAGCAGGGAGAGUAGCACCAGGAAAAUGUUUCCGCUUAUACACUGCUUGGGCAUAUAAGUAUGAACUUGAAGACAAUACUGUACCAGAAAUACAAAGGAUAAAUUUAGGAAAUGCUGUUCUCACUUUAAAAGCGCUAGGAAUUAAUGAUCUCAUUCAUUUCGACUUUUUGGACCCUCCUCCUCAUGAAACAUUAGUUUUGGCUCUAGAACAAUUGUAUGCACUUGGUGCCCUUAAUCAUCAUGGUGAACUAACUAAAGCUGGUAGACGUAUGGCAGAAUUUCCUACUGAUCCUAUGUUAGCUAAAAUGCUAUUAGCUAGUGAAAAAUACAAAUGUUCAGAGGAAGUUGUCACAAUUGCUGCUAUGUUGUCAGUAAACAGUUCAGUUUUCUACCGACCAAAAGAUAAAAUUAUUCAUGCAGAUACAGCAAGAAAAAACUUUUUUCAUCGCAAUGGUGAUCAUUUGACAUUAAUGAAUGUUUACAAUCAAUGGGUGGAUUCUGAUUACUCAGUUCAAUGGUGCUAUGAAAAUUUUAUCCAAUAUAGAUCUAUGAAAAGAGCGCGCGAUGUUCGUGAACAGCUCGCCGGACUCAUGGAGAGAGUAGAAAUUGAUAUGGUAUCCAGUAUUGCUGAAGACUCAAAUAUACGUAAAGCUAUUACUGCUGGGUAUUUUUAUCAUAUUGCUAAAUUUUCAAAAGGAGGACACUAUAAAACUGUGAAACAUAACCAAACAGUAAUGAUUCAUCCAAAUAGUGCACUAUUUGAAGAAUUACCACGUUGGGUAAUAUACCACGAGUUAGUUUUCACUUCUAAGGAAUUCAUGAGACAAGUCACAGAAAUAGAAAGUAAAUGGCUCCUAGAAGUUGCACCUCAUUAUUAUAAGUCCAAGGAAUUAGAAGAUUCAACUAAUAAAAAAAUGCCUAAAACUAUGGGAAAAUCUUCAAAUACACAAAUGUAAUGUGAACAUAUAUUAUUUUAUAGAAGUAAACUAUCCAUUUUAAUUUAUUACUAUUUAUUU